GCCCACCCUGUAGCGGCUGGUGUCGCCCCGGCGCGCGGCCGCUCCGCUGCUGCUGGGGGAGAAGCGCUCGGGGCAGCUAGAAGUGAAAGCAAAUCAACCCUAGAGGUACUUGUGAAGGGCUUGGAUGCUGCAGUGAUGGACAGGUGCCCCAUCUGUGGAUGGAAUGCUCUUUGUUGUAUCACAGCUCCCCCUUGCCAGUGUUAGUUCUCCUCUGUCUUUCUUCAGCACAAAGACGCAGCGGUUUCUGAAUUAAAAUGGAAAAGUAUGAGACCCUUGGGCUAGUCGGAGAAGGAAGCUACGGAAUGGUAAUGAAGUGUAGAAAUAAAGACAAUGGAAGAAUAGUCGCCAUCAAGAAGUUUUUGGAAAGUGAGGAUGAUAAAAUGGUUAAAAAAAUUGCCAUGCGAGAAAUCAAGCUACUCAAGCAACUUCGACAUGAAAAUCUGGUGAACCUGCUGGAAGUGUGUAAGAAGAAGAAACGAUGGUAUCUGGUGUUUGAAUUUGUGGAUCACACACUUCUCAACGACCUUGAGCUGUUUCCACAUGGACUAGAUUACAAUAGAGUUCGGAAAUAUUUAUUUCAGAUUAUAAAAGGAAUAGGAUUUUGUCACAGUCACAAUAUAAUACACAGAGAUAUUAAACCGGAAAAUAUAUUGGUCUCCCAGUCAGGAGUUGUAAAACUCUGUGAUUUUGGAUUCGCUCGUACCCUGGCAGCCCCUGGUGAAGCUUACACUGACUAUGUGGCGACGCGAUGGUACAGAGCUCCAGAACUGUUGGUUGGCGAUACCAAGUAUGGCAAGGCUGUGGAUGUGUGGGCCAUUGGCUGUCUGGUCACAGAAAUGCUAACAGGAGAGCCCCUGUUUCCUGGGGACUCGGACAUUGACCAGCUGUACCAUAUCAUGAAAUGUCUGGGUAACUUAACUCCGAGGCAUCAAGAGCUGUUCUAUAAAAAUCCACUCUUUGCUGGAGUGAGGUUGCCAGAGGUCAAGGAGGUCGAACCUCUUGAAAGACGGUAUCCCAAGCUCUCUGCUGCAGUGUUAGAUUUAACAAAGAAAUGCUUGCAGAUCGAUCCAGACAAAAGGCCAUCCUGUGCUGACCUACUGCAAUGCGAUUUCUUUAACAAAGAUGGAUUUGCAGAAAGAUUUGCUCAGGAGCUUAGGUUAAAGAUUCAGAAAGAUGCCAGGGACCAUCCUUUGCCAAAAAAAUCAAAAAUUAGCAAAAAGGACAAAGAUGAUUCUUUAGGAGAAGAAAGAAAAAUGCUUGAUAUCCAGGACUUCAACGUUGAUCCAAAGAUCAAAGAUUCUAAACUGUUCAAGGUGAAAUUAUCCAAAGCUGAGGUGGAGAAAGCUGACCGAUCUUCCAAUAUGAGCUGCCUGUAUGACAGCAGAACCAGUCAGUUCAAAACAGUCCCUCCGACAAGCAUGAAAGACUCCAGCAGCAGCUUGGAUUACAUAAAGAACCCAGGCAUGGUUAUUCCUCCCAUUAUCCCGAACCUUGCCACCAUCACACCCAAUAUAACUGUUAACUCUGGGAUGGGAACUAUUCCUGGAACCCAUAAUUACAGAGUUGAUGAGAAGACUAAAAAAUACUUAACCCCUUUUAUAAAGCAAGGGAAACAUUCACCAGCAGGGCCUUACAAUGUCAGCUUGGGCACAUCGGUCUCAAAUGAAAAGAACGUUCUUCAGGCAAACAAGAAAAGAUGGGAAUUCUCCAAGACAGAUGUGCGUUUGCCUGAGCUAAUCUAUAACCAUCUCCCUGAACUCAAAGGAGUGGACGCUCGAAAUUCCAGAUUUGUCAAAAAGGAGAAUAAAACAGUCUCAGAGUCUCGCAUUCCAUCCCUUGCCACCAUCGAUCUUCACAACCCGAGCCUGGCUUUGCAACAGAUAUCGGGGACAUCACUGCCAGAUGCUUCAGAAGCCAGCUUCCCUCGAGUAGAACGCUAGCCAGGAGGAGAACUGAGGAACGGGGUACUUUUUGCCUCUGAAGCGUAUGUAUUACUUUCUGCAGCUUAGCCUCUGGUUGCCUUUCAAAAAGAACACUUGGCAAGGGCUGAUACCUUCUGUGGGUUUACUGAAGAGAGAGCCUUCCAAUGUUCGAUAUCCCCGUUUGCAGCAUAAUUGUGUUGAGAACAGAUUUGUGCUGUUGCCAAGCAGGGAAGACCAGCGCGUGACUUUGUGAAUGGGUCCCUUUUCCUGUAUCGUGCUGUGUAGUUCCGUGCAUGUGUAUCUUGAUCCUAAGUGGGGUUUUUUGUGUGAAACUGACCUGAGGUGUUCGGCAUUAGAGACUGGGAUGGAAUGCAUUAUGGAAUUGUGUGUGUCUUCUGAAAAGAUGGGUACCCAACAAUGAAACUAAGUCAGUGUGUUAGGAUACUGACCAACUCCUGGCCUGGGGAGAAGUGUACCCAGAGGUGGAUGAGGUUUUGUGGGGCCCUGGGCCAGAGUAAGUGGAGGCCUCUCCCUACCACUUCUGCAUGCUCUCCCCUUCCCCCCCCCCCCCCGCCAGCGCUCCUGCUGGGGAAAUGAUGUUGGAAUGCAGGGGCUUACCCUGCCACGCUCUCCUGCCCAGCAAUCCUGCAGGGGCAUGGGAUCAGGGCAUGGGGGCUUGCCCCACUCUGCCCAUCCUGCGUUCCUGCUGGGGACUGCAGUCAGGGUGCAGGGGCUCCCCCGCUCCCUGGCAACAGCACCUGGCGGGCAGAGCGUGGUUGGGGUGCAUGCCCAUUUUUCUGGGGGGUCCCCAGUUGGCCAGGGCCCUGGGCAGGGGUCCCAUUGGCCCAGUGGCUAAUCCGCCACUGGCGGUACCAACAGCAUCCAAUACAGUUAUGUUAUAGUAAACUAUUUUUCUUUUAAAAAAACAACAAAAAUAUAUUUAUGGACAGUUGAGAGCCGCGGGUCUCAGGGAGAGAGCGCAGGGUUACCAACACUUAUGAGCCAAGAAAAGAUGGUAACUCCUACACUUAAACUUUUUAAAGAAAAAGAGAACACCAGCAAAUUUAACAGACCCAAAAGAGAGUGACGUACGGGAAACUUAGAUAACGAAAGAAAAAAUUCACGGAGACUACAUGUUUAAAGGAACAGUCACCAUAAAAAUUGUCAAUGGAAAAUGUAUCAAUAUGCUAUCAAUAACGCCUACAUUUAAAAGUUAAAACUGAAUGAAUUUUAAAAAUCUAAUAUACUUUUUGCCAUGUGUUUACUAUUGUCAUUUCACUAAUUUUGGGUAGUGAAACUUAAACUGCUCACUUCCCCUCACUGGUUCCGAGGCUCUGGCAUAGUGCUGAUGUAUCCUGAUUUCCAACACUACAGGGGACUGUUUAAAUGUUAAUAAAUCAUGUUUUUGUGAAAUCUUUACAAAUCAUCAGUACAGACAUAUUUGUGUUGUGUUUUUUUGGUAACAUCCUGUUGACUAUAAAAUUCUAAUUUUGGUCCUAAACUAUUGACAACAUCACAAAUAUCAGAAUUGCCUGAAGAUAAAUAUUUGUGCAUUGUCUGCACAAAUCUAUGUACCUUACCCCUGUCAGCAUCCUCCUGCAAAUAGUGACCCUGAACCAGAUUCAGUUGGUUGGAAAGGGCUAAGGGAUUACUGUAUAUAAAAUCCACUUACGGGAUUGUUGCCAUCUGAAAUCAAUUAAAUCAAGAGAUGUGUCUCGCAUUUAUAUUGAGAAUUUUUGAGUGGUCUAGGAUUCUGUAGCAUUAGUGACUGUAAAUUGUUGACAUGAAUCUGACAGCUGCUUAAAGAAACACCAUCAAGUUGAAAUCUAGUCAAUUAAAGGAAGUGCAUUAAAA